CUUUCCCCCCGCCUACCUAAUCAUCAUCUCUGUAUUUUUUUUUUGCCUUUCUCGUCCUCACCGCCCAUCUAUCUCCCUUCGAUGUCUCCAGGAUCAGGAUGGCUUCCCAGGUACCCUGCCCCAUCCCAGGAAACCCGUCCAUGUACGGCCUCGGUCUCCGCACGUCCUUUUACCUCCUCCACCUCUCGACCUUGUUCCUCGAGCUCCUGGAGCAGGAAUAUAUCGUCCUUCUCCUGUCCGCCGAGCUCGUCCUCAACCUUGCGCUUUUGCUUGCAUUGAUAUUGCAGGUUGCUGCUGGGGGGUUGCAUAUUGUUGAGGUGUAUAUUCUUCUUCUUCUCCUCUCCGUCACUGUCUACCUCUUCGUCCCGAGACAUGCGGCGGAUUUGGCAAUGGUGUUUUGUCCUCAUUUGGGGUUGCGGGUGAAAAGUAGGGGGAGGGGGGUAGAUGUGCUGGGUUGUUUGAGGGGGGGUUAUGGAUUGGUUGUGGCUGGUGUGCAGGUUUGGUUUUGGGGUAGGGGGGUGGAUUCGGUUAGGUAUGAUGACGGUGGUGGUGGUGGUGGUGGUGGUGAUGGGAAAGGAUGUUUGGAGUAUGGGUUUUUAUUUGGGGCGAUGGAUCUUAAGAGCGGGAGUAUGAAGGGGUUGAAUAUUUUGUUGGUGUUGGGGAUGCUGACUGGGGGGUUGGUGGUGGUGGGUUGUGUGAAGAGUGGGUGGUGGGGGGUUAGGAAGGGAGGGAGGAAGAAGAAAAUCCGCUCAAGGUGGGAAGCACAAAAGUGGUUGGAGGCCUUGGGGGGCCUUGCGGUCGCCGUAGCCGUGAUCGUUGCGAUUGAGCUGACGAUUCGAUGGAACCGCAUCGGGGCUGAGAACAGUGUAAAUCAGGCAACCACCGCCGCCCAACUCAUCCCGCUCUUGCUGGUUAUCGCACUCAUUUCGACAUUUUUGUAUGGGGUCUUCAGCAACGACAAGUCAGACGACGGUAGUCUGGUUGUUACGCUUGAAGCAGGGUCAUCAUCGUCGCCAUCGGGCUCAGGUACUGGGUCAAGCCCAUCCGGCUCUGGUGGUUCCGGUCCUACACCAGUUGUCGUUGCUGAAAGAUCACGAUCUCAAACACGCCGAUCUAGAUCUCGUCAAAGUUCCCGCAGACCACCAGCCCCAUCACCACCAAUGCCACCAUCAAGACACAGCCCGAGAUUCCCUGGGCCACCACCCGGUCCACCUCCAGCUUCUCAUCACAGCGGCUAUAGUCACAGCGGCUCACCUACUCCUCCAUCGCCUCUGAGCCCAAGGAUAAUCAACGUCUCCCCCUCCGGGCCAGUAGCCAGACCAUCAGUCAACUAUUAUCGCCAAGUGGUUCCCCAUCCCUACUUCCCGUAUGAAGGACCCGAGUACUACGACCCGAACGGAUCACCUCCCCGCAUGUCAGGAGGUGUCGGGGCAAGGUGGCCACGUUUCGCAAAACCAAUGGGUCCCCGCCCGCCUCCCUCUCCUACCAAAUCAAUAGACCCAGCCAACGACAAACUCUGGGACGAAGUUCUCAGCGGCGCACCAGGCACGCAAGGGGAACCACUGAUAACUCAAAAAGACAUCGACGACUUGUUCAACCCGCCACCGUCAGCAAUGCUGAUUACCGAUGCGGAUGUGGCGGCUGUGAUGGAGCCUUUGGUGACAGACGCAGAUGUGGAGGAAGUGAUAAGGGAGAUGCUGACGGAGCAGGACAUAGCAGACGCUCUGAAAGAUAAGGUUACUGACGCUGAUGUCGACAGGGUUAUGAAGUCUAGUUUUACUGAUGCCGAUGCAGAAGCCGUGAUGGGGGAUUUGAUACCGGAUGAGUUGGUUGAAGAGGUGAUGAUGAGUGGGGCGAUACCGGAUGAGAUGGUGGAGGAGGUGAUGAGAUCUCCCAGACAGGCAAAGGUCGAGGAUGAGAGUGAUCACCUAAGUCAGCAGGCCCAUGACUCCGAGGAUUCAGAUGAGGAGGAAGAGUCGAGUUCGGAUAGCAGUUCGGAUUCAGGUUCAAGUUCAAGUUCGAGUGGAGAGAAGCAUGAUGAAGAUGAGGAUGAAGAAAAGGGUCCGGCCGAGUCGAUUCCGGAGACGGAGACUGAACCCCGUACACCUAGGUCAGUACGUUGGGCGAUGCCUCUGGACGAGGAAAUUGAUUCGAGGUAUGCUUCUGAUGGUGGGUUCUAUCACUCACCUGAGCUUAGAAGCAGGGACGAUGACGUGGAAGAGAUUGUGAGAGAUCGAUACGGUGAUGAUGAUGCUCGAAUAGUUGCUGUAGUUCGCUAUUUUCCUACUCCUGGGUAUUCAUCAGGCUAUGGGUCGUCAUGGGGUCAGAAAUACUAA